UCAAGUAGAAACGAACAAGGUCUUACGGCACGAUCGCUAUAUCUUUUCUUUUUCUUUAUCUCUCCUCUAUUCUAUAGAAAGAGGGGAUGAUACGUGGCGUGGUAUACCUGAUCGUUUGGUCAACGAGACGUACAUAAGUCGACAUAGCUCCAUGUAUAUGUUCUUUGGAGCUAGAACCAAUAAAUCGAAUGAAAUGAAAUAAUGGUGAGCCUAGGGCGACGAACAUGGCUCAAGGGUGUCUAUACAAAGCCCUUCUCUUCUUCACUCAAAGAGGCAAUGCACUCUUUGAAUGGUACUUUUUUCAUAAAAUAAAGAAUGAUUCUUUUGGUUAGAAGUUAUACUGACUUUAUAAAAGGAAAUGCCACGCUCCGCGUGUCACGAGAUAUGGGGCGUUAUAAUCGAAGGGUCAUACUUCUCGGCCCUAUUACGGUAAGGCCAAUGCACUAGCCAGCCGGUGUGGUGGCGAACACGCUGUGCUGUAAGCUGUUCACCUUGUAUACGGAGGAGAUAUAGAAAGUGUGCCGUGCGUGAUUCAUAAGAUUCUAUAGUAGCACCAGUAUAUUAUUUCUUUUUUCACUUAGCCCGCCUCUCCCAUGACUUUCCGGACCAACCAACCCGGAUCUGCCCUCGAAAGUCUCUCCGCAUUUUGGGAGCAGAGCAUGCAAAAUCGAGCAAUGAAUCUUAGAAAAAUUGCAUUUUGAACGGCGAUUUUUUCGCUGGCAUUUGAGUUGUCUCCCCUCCUUUUUCAAUCGACACACUCGACGCAGAUAGCUCCGGUGGCCCCGGCUUCCGCCUCUAUCAGGCGGCGACAGCCCCCACCUCCACAGCCACAGCAUGGAGGAGCAGCUCCUUAAUCCGCAUUACAACCAAUCCAAAUUUUCUCCAGAUCGAUAUAUGAUGCUAAACCGAGACCGAGAUAGAGAGAGAGGGCUGCCUGCCCGGUUGGCUUUUCGAGACAAAAGCACUCAUAGGAAUGGUGCUAAUUCCUAUGUUCCUUCUAGUCGUUUCUCGUUUGGUUUCGGGAGCCUCCCCCUCCCCGUCCCUUACUCGUCUUUUGAAUGAAAGCCGUCAUCCUGGAUUUUUUUUUCGGGCUACAUAAAUUAUUAGAAAAAUUGCCUCGGGUCUCUAGAAAUCUAUAAAAAUGAAAAGCCCGGGUAGAAGCACAAACAAAAGGAGAGAGGAAAAGUAGAAAAAGGGGGGGAGGAGACUAGCCUCAAGACUUCCCACUGGACGAGAGGUGCACCUAACCCACCUACCCACUCACUCAUCAAUCACGGUGUUCAGCUGACUUGCUUGCACUGAGAGACCCCUAUUGUAUUGGAAUUAGGCGCCCAUCUUUUGAUUUUGACUGUUGUCAACUAAUCUCUUCAAUGUUCGAUUAUACUCUAUGUUAGAACAUUUCUGUGAAUGCUAUUCUGAUCUAAGUGGUCCUAUUCUGUGUCCCGUGCUAGGAAGCAUUAUUCCUCUUUUCAUUCCAAAUUCAAGAAUACGACCGAUACGAUUGAUUGGUCUGUGUGCCUCUCUUAUUACUUUUUUGUAUUCCCCUGUUCCUCGGAUACAAUUCGAUCCUUCUACGGCCAAAUCUCAAUUUGUGGAAAGCCUUCGAUGGCUUCCUUAUGAAAACAUAAAUUUGAAUUUGGGUAUAGACGGUAUCUCUUUAUUCUUCGUGAUAUUGACCACAUUUCUGAUCCCUAUUUGCAUUUUAGUGGGUUGGUCUGGUAUGAGAAGUUAUGGGAAAGAGUAUAUUACAGCAUCUCUAAUUCGUGAAUUUCUAAUGAUCGCCGUGUUCCGCAUGCUGGAUCUUCUACUAUUCUAUGUUCUUCCCGAAAGCGUGCUAAUCCCUAUGUUCAUUAUUAUAGGGGUAUGGGGUUCGAGACAAAGAAAGAUCAAGGCAGCAUAUCAGUUUUUCCUUUAUACUUUACUUGGAUCUGUUUUUAUGCUAUUAGCUAUUCUGUUGAUUCUUCUCCAAACAGGGACCACCGAUUUACAAAUAUCAUUAACCACAGAAUUUAGUGAGCGGCGCCAAAUCUUUCUAUGGAUUGCUUCUUUCGCCUCUUUCGCCGUCAAAGUGCCUAUGGUACCAGUUCAUAUUUGGUUACCCGAAGCUCAUGUAGAGGCACCUACGGCAGGAUCCGUCAUCUUGGCAGGAAUUCCUUCAAAAUUGGGAACCCACGGGUUUUUAAGAUUUUCAAUACCCAUGUUUCCCGAAGCGACACUUUGUUCCACUCCUUUCAUUUAUACUCCAAGCGCGAUUGCUAUAAUAUAUACUUCCUUGACCACUUCAAGACAGAUCGAUCUUAAGAAGAUCAUUGCUUACUCCUCAGUAGCCCAUAUGAAUCUGGUGACUAUUGGUAUGUUUAGUCGGGCGGCGGCCGUUAGGUCACCUAUUUUUAGUUAUGGACAACAAGGCCAAAACAUGUGUGCCGGGCGUGCGACCCAUCCACCUACGAACAUACAGGGAAUUGGAGGUAGCAUUCCACCGAUGUUAAGUCAUGGACUGGUUCCUUCAGCCCUUUUUCUAUGUGUUGGUGUUCUAUAUGACCGACAUAAGACUCGACUUGUUAGAUAUUACGGAGGUUUAGUGAGCACCAUGCCGAAUCUCUCUACCAUUUCCUUCUCUUCCACUUUGGCCAAUAUGAGUUCACCUGGUACUAGCAGCUUUAUCGGGGAAUUUCCCAUCUCAGUAGGAGCUUUCCAAAGAAAUAGCUUAGUAGCCACAUUAGCAGCGCUUGGGAUGAUUUUAGGCGCGGCGUAUUCCCUUUGGCUAUAUAAUCGUGUGGUUUCUGGAAAUUUAAAACCCGAUUUCCUCCAUAAAUUCUCCGAUCCAAAUGGCAGAGAAGUUUCCAUAUUUAUACCUUUUAUUGUUGGAGUUGUUCGGAUGGGUGUUCACCCCAAAGUGUUCCCGGACCGCAUGCAUACAUCCGUAAGUAACUUAGUGCAACAUGGCAAAUUUCAUCUUUGAGGAAUCAGCAAAGAAAAGAAAAACGGGUCAACA